UUCAACCAGUCGCAGUCGACAUCGUCCGAGCAUCCCAACAAUCAUGAAGUGCAUCGCAGCUGUAGUCAUGAUGGCUCUCGCAGUCUCUGUCCAGGGAUCAUCCGUCAGCUACUGGGGCAAUGGAGCGGCGCUGCCCUAUCUGGCACCAGCCCACGUCGGAAGCUGGGUACAGGACAAUUCUUACGCCGGAAUUGUACCUCCGUGGAACUAUGCUUACCAGGCCGCCGCUCCUGUUGCCGUGGUCGCACCCUAUUCCUACCAGCCCGCUGUUGUUGCCGUUGCUCCGAAGGAAGCUCGCUAUCUGGCCGCAAACCGCGGCGCAGUCCAUGAGGCACCCCUUCCCGGACACGCCAUCAAUCAGCAGUCGCUGAACCUGGAGCCGGCACCGGGCACUCUGUAA